CUCAAUAACUAUAAUAAUCUUUUUUUAUCAUUUUUUAAAAUUUUUCAGACAAAAAUAAUAUUAAUUAUGGGUGUUACUACAUAUACCCAAGAUAUUGUAGCACAAGUUGAUGCAAAUAGGAUUUUCAAGGCUUUGGUUCUUGAUGCAGAUAAUAUUAUACCAAAAUUGAUGUCACAAGCUGUUAAAAAUAUUGAAACUAUUGAAGAUCAUGAUGAAAGCAUCAAGAAGAUGAACUUUGUUGAAGGAUAUCCAAUAAAGUACUUAAAACACAAGAUCCAUUUCAUUGACAACAAGAACAUGGUAAUAAAAUAUUCAUUAAUUGAAGGAGAAGUUCUUGGAGAAAAUUUGGAACAUAUUUCCUAUUAUGUUAGAUUUGAAGAAUGUGAAAAUGGAGGGUGCAUUUGCAAGACAAUAAGUGAGUAUCAUACAAAUGGUAAUUGUAUAGUCAAAGAAGAAGAAAUCAAAGAAGAUAGAGACAAAGCUAUUGAACUUUUCAAACUUGUUGAAGCAUAUCUUCUUGCUAAUCCUUUUGCCUAUGUUUAAUUAAUGGUUUUAAUUUAUUAACUUUUCAAGAGUUACAACUUUAAUUUUUGGAUUUUUGGCUUUGAAGUUGAGUAAUGCAUGUGCAUGUGUUGUGUUAUGUUGUUGAACACAUAAUUAAUUAAAUUAGAGUUUCUUUUUCUAAGA